AUGAACAGUUGUCGGCCGCCGGACGACGAAAUGCCCGAGUUGAUCGGGAUUUACGCGUUUCAAGGUAGAUCGUCGCGAAAACCGCGCUCCAUCGCCAAUUUUGCAGGUACCUACGGUUUUUUGUCCGUUUUAGUGUACACUCUGAACAUUCAAGCGUUACGGCACAACAAAAGCAAUCUGGACAAAUCGUUCAGCCUAUUGUACACUUGUUGCGCCGUUUUGGUAAGUCAACGUUCGUAAAAGAGCGCAUUUAUUGCAUUAUUCGCAGAGUAUCGCCUACUUUUUGGACCAUUAUUUGAUACGGCGGCUCUUGAAAUUGGGAUAUUUCUGCGAAUUUAUACUGGAACACUUUGCGGAGCCCAAUUUUUGGAUGAACCCGUAUAAAACUGUCGCCUCGUACUGUCCGAUCGCUAUUUUAGUGUUUCACGCACUAAUCGCCGCCCAUCGAUUCACAAUUGUGGCGGUACCGAUGCGGGGAGUUCAGGUUUAGCCGGAAAAAUCAACUUUCCUCCGCAAAACCCUAUUUUUUCAGAUUUGGGAACGCUAUCGCCACUAUUUUGUACUUUUCGGCCUCGUUUUGCCACUAAGCUUUAUGUGGUUCAUGAUUCCGUGCAAAAGCUACGCCGUAAUGGACUCGGAAGGCAGCGGAGGCCUCGAUAUUGAGUACAAGAAAACGUUCGAUGUGAGUUUCGUCAUCUGAAUUCGGAAUUUUCAAAUUCUCCAAAACAUGUGCUUUCAGAUAAGCUCCUCAUUCCUGGCUGCAAUUGCCGCUGUAACAUUUGGCAUUCUCACCCUACUCCUCACCUUCGGAAUGCUAAUAUUACUCGCCAAAUUGAGUCUUCGGAAGAUUAGUCAAACCGAAAUAAGUUUGAUAAUUUUCGAAAUUUUCAUGACCAUUUUCACAAUGAUCUACGCGUUCACCCAGGUUUGUCAACUACCAGAAUAGAUUGAUAAAUAGCAAUUUUUGAAGGGAAUACUGUAUUAUUCAAUUUAUGUGGUCAAAGAUAUGGAGCUGAAAGCGACUAUCAUCCAGUUCCGCACUUUUGCCAUCGACAUUUUCAUUCUUCCCCAAGCCUGGACCCUAUUGUUUCUAUCGAAAACGGUAAGAACCAGAGAUGUUGGGAAUUCCGUGUUCCGUGUUCCGUGUUCCGCGUUUUUUUCAAUAUUUUUUCCGUGUUCCGUGUUCCGUAAAAAAAAAAAUUUCCGUGUUCCGUGUUCCGAGGAAAUAAGUUUUUUCCGUUUUCCGUGUUCCGUGUUCCGUAAAAAAAAAAUUUUCCGUAGAGUAAAAUUUUUAUUCCCAACAUCUCUGGUAAGAACCAAAAGUACUGUAGACGCUACAAUAAUCGUUCAGGUGCGCCGCUACACUCUGCGAUUUUUCGGGAAAAAAGUUGGCAUCGAAUUUUUGUCGACCGAUGUGUCGCAACGGAAAAUCACAAAAGUGGCGUCGACGGCCGAAGCGACGUCGCGGAUUCCGAAUCCGAAUCUGGGUAAGAAUCGUUAA